GGCAGGGAGCGAGUGCCCAGGGUGAAUCAAUGGAAACCCCCACACGAAGCCGGGAAAACACUUCAGCCGCAGCCAAAUAGCAUUGAUUAUUUUGUUUCCCUUCCCUCACCGCCGUGCGUUUAUUUAUUUGUUUGUUUGUUUAUUUAUUUAUUUAUUUGUUUCCCCCCCUUUCUGCCCCCGACGCCCCGGAGCGAGCCCUGGAGGGAGGGAGGAGGAGGAGGAGGGAAAAAAAAGAGGACUCAACAUCGGAGAAGUCUCUUGCCAGAGCCGCCCCCUCCCUCUCCCCCUCCCCGCCUCGCGCUCUCAGCGGCCGCGAUUCGACUGCCGUCUCUGCUUCCAGCUGAGGUGGUACUGGCUGUCACGCUGAGAUGACCCCCCAGUGCUCCUCCGUCUGCCAUGGCCACCCUUAACUCACUUUCCACUGCUAGCUCCACCUCUGCCCCUGGUCAUAAUGCCCCGUCCCCGCCUCAGGACCCUUCCCCUGGCACAUCCUUGGAACCUGCCACCAAAGAUCCCCCCACUGCUGCCACCACUGACAGCAUGAGACCCUCCGAGCCUGGGGGGCACCAGCUUGAGCCAGGCUGUGGCCUUGUCCCACCAAAGGAGACCAGGGAACAUCCAUUGGAACCAGGCUGUGGCCUAGUCCCACCAAAGGAGCUUGGAGCAGAGGAGGAGGAGGAGGAGGAAGAGGAGGAAAUACAGGAAGAAGAAGCAGGGCCCCCUCCCCAGGACCUGAGUGACCACUUGCUCUUCACUGAAGAUGGUGCCACCUAUCUCCUGGCUGAACUGCCUGUCUCUGUCAACACUGAGCUCCUGUUACCAAAGGGCUUCCCCUGGGGCGAGUCAGGGACUGAGGAAGAGUCCAGCCUGCCCCUCCGAGUCUGCCCAUCAUCCACUCACCUCACUACCCUCCACGUCCAACACGGUUUUGACCGAAUUCAAGGCUUUAGCUCUUCUGACCAAAUUCUGCCCCGUAAUACCUCAGCGCCACCUCCGGCCGCCUGCGAGGGAAGGGACGGAGCCUUCCGGAGCUACCGGCCGGCCCCACUCCCACCCAGAGAUCCCAAAGAUGGCCCCAUAGGGAGUGGGAACGGAGACCACGGGGAGCUCUUCUGGCUCUGCCUGCUGUGCCGCCUAGGGUUCAGUGGGCCCAAGGCCUUUGUGGCUCAUGCUCAGUCUCAUGGGGUCGAGCUGGCCCCAGUUCAGCACCAGAGCCUGCCAGGCUGCCCAGCUGUAAUACAAGAGGGGAAGGAGGGGUCCACAGUGCUUGUCAGUUUUCUGGAACCAAAAAUCUCUCCUGGCCCCCUGCCCACCGCGCCCCUUAGCAAUGGAGCAGUGGGUGGAAUGGUGAAUGUAGCCCAGGAUGGGGACAGCCCCACUGAGGCAGGAAACCAGGGCCCUCCGCUGCCCCUUGAGGAAGACAUGGCCCCCAGCCCACCUUCCCCACCUGCCACCCCAACUGCCUGGGACCCCAACCCAACCCAAGCCAAAGAAUCACCAGUGGCAGCAGGCGAGGCAGGGCCAGAUUGGUUCCCUGAGGGGCAAGAGGAGGAUGGGGGACUCUGCCCCCCACUCAACCAAAGUUCACCCUCCCCCAAAGAUGGGGGGGCUCUCCCGGCCCAGGCUGACUCACCCGAAGAUCCCAAUGACCCACCCCGGCCCUACCGGCUGGCUGAUGACUAUGCCCCAGCCCCACCAGCCUUCCAGGGUCUCAGUCUCUCCAGCCACAUGUCCCUGCUGCACUCUCGAAACUCCUGCAAGACGCUCAAGUGUCCCAAGUGCAACUGGCACUAUAAGUACCAGCAGACCCUGGAUGUGCAUAUGAGGGAGAAACAUCCGGAGAACAACAGUCAUUGCAGCUACUGCAGCGCAGGAGGGGCACACCCCCGACUGGCCCGGGGGGAGAGCUAUAACUGCGGCUAUAAGCCCUAUCGAUGUGAGGUCUGCAACUACUCCACCACCACCAAGGGCAAUCUCAGCAUCCACAUGCAGUCUGAUAAGCACCUGGCCAACCUCCAAGGUUUUCAGGCUGGCCCAGGGGGGCAGGGGAGUCCCACUGAGGCAGCACUUCCAGCCCCAGCUGGGGAGAAGGAGCCCAAGGCCAAGUCUUCCUGGCAGUGUAAGGUGUGCAGCUAUGAAACCAACAUCUCGAGGAAUCUCCGGAUCCACAUGACCUCUGAGAAGCACAUGCAGAAUGUUCUGCUGCUGCAUCAGGGGCUGCCCCUGGGGCUGGUGGGGCCAGGCCCCCCACCACCUCCUGGAGCCACACCUGCCAACCCCCCUGAGCUGUUCCAGUACUAUGGGCCACAGGGACUGGGCCAACCCCCAGCCCCUUUGCCUGGCCCAGGGCUGAGGCCAGACAAGCCCUUGGAGGCCCAGCUCCUCCUUAAUGGCUUUCAUCACCUGGGGCCACCUGCCCGGAAAUUCCCCACUCCUGCCCCUGGCAGCCUUUCCCCGGAACCCCGCCUUCCCCCAAGCCAGCUUUUGGGGCCCACCAUGGAUGGCCUGCCCACCUCACCCCCGCCAGAUGACGACCCAUCAUUGAAAGUGUUCCGAUGCCUGGUGUGCCAGGCUUUCAGCACAGACAGCCUGGAGCUGCUACUGUACCACUGCACCCUGGGCCGAAGCCUCCCCGAAGCCGAGUGGAAGGAGGUAGCUGGAGACACCCAUCGCUGCAAACUCUGCUGCUACGGUACUCAGCUCAAGGCCAACUUCCAGCUCCAUCUCAAGACCGACAAGCAUGCCCAGAAGUACCAGCUGGUGGCCCACCUAAGGGAGGGCAGCGGGGGUGCUCCUGUGUCAGUCCCCCCUCUGGGGGAGGGCACUCCCUAUGGGCCAGUCUCUCCCCUACACCUGCGCUGUAACCUUUGUGACUUUGAGUCUAACAGCAAGGAGAAGAUGCAGCUCCAUGCCCGGGGUGGCACACAUGAGGAGAACAGCCAAGUCUACAAGUUCCUGCUGGAGAUGGAAGGGGCAGAGGCAGGGGUGGAAUUGGGAUUUUACCGGUGUCUUCUGUGUGCUUGGGAGACACCUUCCCGUUUGGCUCUGUUGCAACAUCUUCGGGCACCUGCCCACCGAGAUGCCCAGGCCCAGCGAAGACUUCAGCUGCUGCAGAGCGGACGUGUAGCUGAGGAAGGAAUCUCGGCUCUUCAGAGCAUCCUGUGCUUCAGCCAUAGCCAGUCCAGAACUCCUGGAAAAGCUAUUACUGCCCAUAUGGAGACACCCACGGCAGAGAAAAACACUCAGAACAAGGCCCCACCCCUAGCUUCUGAAGAGGCAGAAAAUAGGACUGGCCCUUCGGGGGACAAUACCAACCAGACUGUGGUGUACUGCUGUCCAUACUGCAGCUUCAUCAGCCCUGCCAAUGAGCAGGUACAGGCCCACACCAUAUCCCAGCAUGCUGUGCAGCCCAAGUAUCGGUGCCCACUGUGCCAGGAGCAGCUGGUGGGACGUUCUGGUCUUCACUUCCACCUUAGCCACCUGCACAAUGUAGUACCUGAAUGUGUUGAAAAACUGCUUCUGGUGGCCACAACUGUGGAAAUGACCUUUUUGACCAAAGUGCUGCCCGGGACCAGUCUCAGUCCUAUAGGGGAUAGCCCUGAACCCCCAACCCCUGGAACUGAACCAGUAUCCAGUGAAGACUUGGCAGUGGGAGAAGGUCCCAGCCUGAUCCCAGAAGUCAAUCCAGAGCCGCCUCCACCUCCAGUGGAGGCCCCUGACAAACCUCUGACCAUCCCUGAAAAGCUGCCUUCUCCAGCCCCUUCCCCACCCCCUCAGCCCGACCUCCAAACAGAAGAAGCACCCCCCACAAUGCCUGCAGUUGAGGAGGAAGAUGGGCCCACAGGGGAAUCUCGCCCAGCAGAGCCAGCCCCUGCCGAUGCCCGACACCCCCUGUCCUACCGUAAGACCACCAACUUUGCUCUGGACAAGUUCUUAGAUCCCGCCCGGCCCUACAAGUGUACAGUAUGUAAGGAAUCCUUCACCCAGAAGAACAUCCUCCUGGUCCAUUACAACUCUGUCUCCCAUCUGCAUAAGAUGAAGAAAGCUGCCAUUGACCCCUUGGCCCCAGCCAGAGGGGAUGGGGGCACACCCCCAACGGCUACCACCACCACAGACAAACCCUUCAAGUGCACAGUCUGCCGAGUCUCCUACAACCAGAGCUCUACCCUGGAGAUUCACAUGCGGUCAGUCCUGCACCAGACUCGGUCCCGGGGAGCCAAGGCUGAUGCCAAGGCUGAGGGACCAGAGAGGAACCAGGAAGAGGCCAAGGAGGCUGAGCCUGAUGGGGCAGGGGGCCCAGAAAAGAAGGUGUCUGAGCCUGGCAGCUUGGUUUCUGGGCUGCCCUUCCUGUCCCCACCACCACCCCCCUUAGACCUACACCGUUUCCCAGCCCCUCUUUUCACUCCCCCAGUGCUGCCGCCCUUCCCCCUCGUGCCCGAGUCCUUGCUCAAGCUCCAGCAGCAGCAGCUGCUCCUGCCCUUCUACCUGCAUGACCUCAAGGUAGGGCCCAAGUUGGCACUGGCAGGGCCCACCCCUGUGCUAUCACUGCCACCUACCACCCCAGCACCCCCACCUCCUCCCCCCAAGGCUGAGCCGGCAGAGCGGCCCCCUGUGGCCGAGGAUAGAAUCGAGGCCGGGCCUUCCUCCCCACCCUGCCAGCCUCCCAAUGAGGUGGCCCGGACAGCAGCUAAGGCCCUGCUGGAGAACUUUGGCUUUGAGCUUGUGAUCCAGUACAACGAGGGGAAGCAGCCCGCACCGCCCCCCCCCACCCCACCCCCUCCUGAAGCCCUGGGGAGCGGGGACAAGCUAGCUUGUGGAGCCUGUGGGAAGCUCUUCUCCAACAUGCUCAUCCUGAAGACUCACGAGGAACACGUCCAUCGGCGCUUCCUGCCCUUUGAAGCCCUUAGCCGCUAUGCCGCUCAGUUCCGAAAGAGCUAUGACAGCCUGUACCCACCCCCAGCAGAGCCUCCCAAGCUUUCAGAUGGGCCUGUGGACCCAUCUGUCCCCCCACUCUGCCCACCCUUCCUGGCGCCCGAACCCGAGGCUGGGGGCAACCAGCCCCCCGAGGAGCACCUCCGUCCUGGAGGACGCUGGUCCCAAGAGGAGGAAGACUGUGGGAAGAGUCCCCUUCCCCCACCUGCCCCUGCAGGGCGCCGCUUCUCCCGCACAAAAUUCACGGAAUUCCAGUCCCAGGCCCUGCAGUCCUUCUUUGAGACCAGCGCCUAUCCCAAAGAUGGGGAGGUAGAGCAGCUGGCCGGGCUCUUGGGCCUGGCCAGUCGUGUGGUGGUGGUGUGGUUCCAGAAUGCUCGGCAGAAAGCCCGAAAGCACGCAGGGGAUGGGGGGCCGGCGACAGCCCCGGGCGCAGUGGUGGGAUCCUCGGCCUGCAGGCGCUGCCAGACCACCUUCUCUUGCAUCUUUGAGCUGGUUCGGCACCUCAAGAAAUGCUAUGAUGACCGGCCACCAGAAGAGGAGGAAGAGGGGGAAGAAGAAGAGGAGGCAGCUGAGGAGGAAGAAGCAGAGGAAGAGCAGGCACCAGAACCCCCAGCUGGCCUGGAGGCUCCAGCACCAGGGUCUCCGGAGGGAGAAGACGUGAGCCAGGCAGAAAGAGAGACGGAGAGGACAGCCCCAGUCUCCCCCUGCCCGGCCCACACCUGCGACCAGUGUGCUGCAUCUUUUACCAGCCAGGACCUCUUAAGUAGCCACCGAAGACUCCAUUUGGUGCCACCGGUGCCGCCUGGUGCCCCUCCACACCUACUGGACCUGCCUCUGUUGGUGUUUGGUGAGCGUGGCCCCCUGGUCCUAGGGCCCCCACCAGCCUCGGGGCCUCCUCUCAAACGCAAGCACGAGGAGGGCAGCCUGUCACCAACAGGAAGUGAGGCUGGGGGACCUGGGGAGGGUGAGCCGCCUCGAGACAAGCGUCUCCGCACCACCAUCCUGCCCGAACAGCUGGAGAUCUUGUACCGUUGGUAUAUGCAGGACUCCAAUCCGACACGCAAGAUGCUGGACUGUAUCUCUGAGGAAGUGGGGCUCAAGAAGCGGGUGGUGCAGGUUUGGUUCCAAAAUACCAGAGCCCGGGAGCGGAAGGGUCAGUUCCGAAGCACUCCAGGGAGCGUGUCCAGCCCAGCCAUCAAGCCCCCUGCCCCACCCACCCCUGUCCCCUUCACAAAAUUUGGCCUCUUAAUGGGCAAAGUAGAAGAGGGAGUAGGAAGGGAAGUCUCCAAGCGAGAAGCUGCCCCCCUCCCCUAUGCAACAGCCUCUCCCACUCCUGGCCCUGCAUCCUUUCUGCCACCUGGCAAAGAAGCCAAGGAGGCCAGUGCCACCCCCUUGGACACCACCCCAACACCCCCACCGCCUCCACCACCUGCUGAGGAAGAGGCGCCCGAGGAGCCACUGAAGGCAUCUCCGGAGAGUGAGGUCUGCAGCCCAUCAGGAGGGGACUUGAGUGACUCAUCCGCUUCUAGCCUAGCUGAGCCAGAGUCCCCUGGGGCCGGAGGAGGGGGUGGGGGUGGGGCUGGAGGUGCAGGUGGGACCCCUGAUGGGCUGGGACAGCGGCGCUACCGGACCCAGAUGAGCAGCCUGCAGCUGAAGAUUAUGAAGGCCUGCUAUGAGGCCUACCGAACUCCCACCAUGCAGGAGUGUGAAGUGCUGGGGGAAGAGAUUGGCCUUCCAAAGAGAGUCAUCCAGGUGUGGUUCCAGAAUGCCCGUGCCAAGGAGAAGAAGGCCAAAUUACAAGGGGUGGGAGGAGCUGGGGGAGGCAGCGGCAGCGAAGGCCCCCUGGGAGCGCCCCGAACUGACUGCCCCUACUGCGAUGUCAAAUAUGAUUUCUACGUCUCCUGUCGGGGCCAUCUGUUCUCCCGACAGCAUCUGGCCAAGCUCAAGGAGGCUGUGCGGGCCCAGCUCAAGAGUGAAAGCAAGUGCUAUGACCUGGCUCCUGCCCCUGAGGCUCCCCUGGCCCCUAAGGCCCCUCCAGCCACCACAACUGCCACACUCCCCCUCGGGGCUGCCAGUACCCUGCCUCGACUGGCCCCUGUGCUGCUGUCCGGUCCUGCUCUGGCUCAACCCCCAUUGAGCAGCUUAGCCCCCUUUAAUUCAGGCCCCUCAGCGGCUUCUUCAGGCCUCCUCAGCCUUGCUGCUGCCGCCUCUGUUUUACCGACUACUGCAGUCGUCCAGCCCAGUCCAGCUCGCCCCUUACCUCAGAGAACAGAUCAAACCAAGUCCACUGCAGCAGACCCUGCUCCAGGGCCUCCUACUGAACCUUCAGGGGACGAGGUCCCUGAUGAGCGUAAGUGUGCUGCCACUGGGGUCACCACUUCCUCUACUGACGCCCUCAAGAACCUCAAGGCACUGAAGGCCACAGUACCCACCCUGCUCGGGGGCCAAUUUCUGCCCUUCCCCCUGCCAACAGCAGGGGGGGCUGCCCCCCCAGCUGUCUUUGGUCCGCAGCUCCAAGGGGCCUACUUCCAGCAGCUCUAUGGUAUGAAAAAGGGGCUGUUCCCCAUGAACCCUGUGAUACCUCAGACCCUCAUUGGGCUGCUCCCCAAUGCCCUCCUCCAGCCACCACCCCAGCCCCCUGAGCCUGCGGCCACAGCCCCCCUGAAGCCACCAGAGCUGCACCUCCCUAGUGAGGGUGAGCCCGGGGAAGCUGAUGAAUUGCUAGCCGGUACCACUGGCAUUUCCACUGUGGAUGUGACCCACCGCUACCUGUGCCGCCAGUGCAAGAUGGCAUUUGAGGGGGAGGCGCCUGCCGCUGCCCACCAGAGGUCCUUCUGCUUCUUUGGAAGGGGUCCCGGGGCUGGUGUCCCCCCCCCUCUCCGUGUACCCAUCUGUACCUACCACUGCCUGGCGUGUGAGGUGCUGCUGAGUGGGCGGGAGGCCCUGGCAGCACAUCUGCGCUCCUCAGCGCACCGGCGCAAGGCGGCCCCGCCUCCACCUCCAGGAGGCCAGCCGGUCACCAAUGCCACGGCUUUUGCCAAAGAGGAAGCAAGAUUACCUCACACGGACUCCAACCCAAAAACUACUUCUACCUCUACACUUCUAGCUUUAUAAACAGAGAAACCAAGAUAGGGGAAGAGAGAAGGGCUCUUAAGCUCUUCCUACAUACCCCACGGGGUUCCUGGUGGGAGCUCAACCCCCCCCACCCAUACCCCACGGCUCUGCCCAUGCUGGGGGAGUCUCCAGACUUCAACCCUCAGUGGGCUUCACACACCCCACCUCCAGCAGUGUCCUGCCUCCUCCCCCAACACAGACACAUAACCUGGCUCCUAGACUCCCUACAAACAUACCCUAUCCGCCCCCCCCCCCCAUUCUUACAUGUACACUUACACAGCCUGCCUCCCCACAUAUAUACACACACACACCUUCCUUCCUCACGUCCUGCCUUCCCCAGCAUUCUCAUGGUCUCCAAAGGCCUCUUGCCUCUUCCCCACUAUAUCCCCAGCCACACGCACCUAUCCAACUCAAGUCCUCCCAUACUGUGCUACUGACUGAGAAACGCCAAAAAGAAGAGAGAAAAAAGAAAACCCAAGAGGACGAAGGGGGAAGGGAAAAAAAACACCCAUACCCCUCUCCUUUCCCCUCUCCCCCCUCCUUCGUCCAGAGCGCAACACCGCUCACAGACUCUUUCCAAGCUCCCAACUGGCCAGCCCCUGUCGCUGGGGCCCAGGAUGGGUAGGGAGCCUUGGAACUCUAACCAAACAAGAGGUGGGGCAGGGAGAGGGGUCCCCUACUCCCCCAUCUCCCCUCCCUCUCCAGCAGGGGAUCCUAGGUAGCCUGGACUCCUGAGGAAGCCGCUGCCAGGCACCCCUGUGCCCCUCUCCUUCCUACACCCCAGAACUGCAGUAACUUAUUCUCAAAGGCUUUAAACACAGAGAUCCUCUCAGCAGCCGUGGGCCAGCCCCUGGUCCCAGGCCUGCCACCAUUGGGCCCAGCCUCUGGGACCCGGUGCCGCCCACCAACGGCAAAUCCAAAGUUCUUUUAAAAACUGAGACACACACACAACCAAAAAAGAGAGAGCAAGAGAGAGCGUACGCACGAGAGAGAGAGAGAUAUGGAGAGACCAGAGGAAUGAACUAAAGAAAAAAAAUAAUAAACUUGAAAAACACAGAAAAAACCCAACAGAAAACCCUUCCACCAAACAAAUUGGUUUUUCCUGUUUGUGUCAAUGUUUUGGUUCUUUAGAUUUUAAAAAUUCUCUUGUGUUCAGGUUGUUUUUUAAACCUCCCCAUUUCUUUGGAAGAACAAAUGGUUUUUUAGGCCCUGAAAUGGUUGUUAAGCACCUCAUGGGACUGAAAAUAAUGUCACCCUAUCUUUUCCCCUCCCCUGUUACAGACACUGUGUAUUUAAGAGGAAAGGUAAAAUCCCAACAUGCGUAAGAAAUUGUUAUCACCAAAAAGCUCUUUCCCAGAGAUAGAGCAGGGGACUCAUGGAAAUCCUGUCCAGGAAAAUGAGGAUGGAUGUGACAAAUUGGUUUGUGAAUCCUAGCUGUCCUUUCCUGCAACCCAUUUUACUUCCCUCCUAAACCUCAACUCCUAUUCCUCCUUCUUGAUACCUCCCUCAUAAUCUCUACUCCCUCAUUUUCUAUCCUCUUUUUUCCCCCUUCACACACUGUCUCCAGGUCUUUACCCGCCUCACUUCCCAUCAUACCACAGCCUGUAUCUUCCAUUGCUCUGCAGCUGUUCAGCUGACGAGGGAAAAUUAGAGGUGUUAGAAUAUGCCCAUGAGACCGAAGAGACCUGUUGGCCAAUUGAGGGGGCUGUUGGGAGAAUAAAUGAUGGUUUAAGCACAAGACAGGAGCCCCUCUCCUUAAAAUUGGUCAUUUUUUUAAGCUAAUGUGGUGGUGAGGGACCAAGAGGCAGGUGGUAGGUCUUGAUAAAGGAAAAGUCCUCACUUAGAAACUUUUGGGGCUUCCUGAUUUUCUUCUACCCCUCCCCUUCUAUCCCUGCCCCUUUUCUUGUCCUUUGUUCUGCUAACACAUUCCCAUUCUUUUCUACCUCCUACUUAACCAUUCAACCCUCUUCCCUCCCACCCCCCCAUCAAAUCUAUCCUGGAUUUUAAGUGUUCCAGUUAAUUUAGUUUUCCAUGAUAAACAACAGUUAGGGCUAUGUAGAAGAAAAAAGGGGAGGGAAGAGAGGAGAGAAAGCCUAGCUUACUUAGUCCUAGAAUCACCACACAAUCUCAUGUUUAUCUAGUGCUCUAUCAUUUACAAAGUGCUAUCCUCUCAAUAACCCAGUGAUAUUUCAUAAGGUUCACUUCCUGCCCCAGAGUCAGUGAUCACAACCCAAGUGGAAUUGGAGAGGCAGAAUUAGUUACUCUGAUGAUGCCAAAAAAUACCAGCUACCAAUUUAGGUAGCAAGAGAGGAAGUGACCCACCUCCAACUGGUCCACACUGCUCUUGCUAUCAUCUUUCUCUGCCUCCCUCUUGCUCCCCUCCCCACCCCCUCUCUCUCCCAUUGAAAUUCCAUGUAUAAAACUAUUUUCUUAGCAGCAUGUGUAUGAGGAAAGAGGCUUUUUAACUCUGUGCUUUAUGGGAAUGUGACUUGUGUAUAAAGGUUGAAAACAAAAAACAGGAAAAAAAAAUAAGAGGAAACAUUUUCAAAACAAAACCAAACCUGGCAAUUGCCUGGUAUGGAGUGAUGAGGUGUGGAAUUAUUUGAAACCGCUUGUGGGUCCCUCAGAUAUCUUAGAGCCUUCCAACUGGAGAGGCCAUCUGGUUAGAGUUUGGACAGAAAUCUUUACCCAUCACAUAGAUUCUUGUGUGUACGUGCAUGAAAACACAGAUACACUGACCUGGAAAACACAGGGCAUACAAGUAUAGUCACCAGUUGGUAUGGGCUGGCUCUACACUAGGCUAAUCACACUCAUCUACAUCCGUUGUGCCAAAAAAAAAAGCCUGACCCCACUGAACUGAGUAAAUCAAAGGGGCUAUUGUUCUACCCACUUCAGACUGGUACCACUCCCAUCCAAUCCCUUUCUCAAACCAGAAGUCCUUUGAUCCAGCUCCAGCAGAUUGCUCUGUUGUACAGACAAGGGCAUCUGGCCAUUUUUGCAAGAUGCUGGAAGACAGAGGUAGCCUGCUUGAGGUUAGUGCCACUCACUUCCAAGUCUGCUGGAAUGAUGCCAAUGUGACUUUCCUUUAUUCAGACUCGGCACUCAUCUGGUUCCCAUACCCAUCUACCCCGAAAUUUUUGUUCAUUUGCACACAGAUCUACCUAUAAGUGAGCCUUGAGUUUGUUUCUCUACCUGAAUCGUCAUUUAAUAGAUUAAAAUACCUGACCAUGUGGCAGCUGAGAGAGGCCAGACCACAAAGGG